GUGAGGGGCACGUGGGGCAGGUCUUGGCGCGUAAUUACAGCCUCAGCUGAAUAGCCUCAGCUGAAUGGCCUCGCAUCGCCCAGCGCUUACCGUACCAUCAAGACCUGCUCCAAUCCAUCCCUCCCUAUCGAUUACAUCUGAACUAUACUGAGAAAUCUAGCCAUGCAGUAAGCAAUGUCGGCACAACGUAACGACGAGCCAAAUCCCCUGGACAGCACAGGGCUGUGUCUUUUGUCCCUCGAUGGCGGAGGUGUGCGCGGACUCUCAACGCUUUACAUCCUGAAGAGCAUCAUGGAUCGGUUGAACGACAAACGUAAGACUGCCAGUCUGCCACUGGCAAAGCCCUGUGAAGUAUUCGACCUUAUCGGAGGGACUAGCACUGGCGGGCUGAUUGCUAUUAUGCUCGGUCGGCUCGAGAUGGGCGUAGAUGAGUGCAUUAUAGCAUAUACUAAACUCGCAGAAGCGGUAUUUUCCCAGAAGAAGUCUCGCCUGCCAUUCAGCCUGAAAGGCAAAGUGAAGGCGCAAUUCGACUCUUCGAAGCUCGAGAACGCGAUCCGAGAGACUAUCAAAGGAUCAGGUAUCUCCGAGACAGAUUCGUUCAAUGACGGCAACGAGCGAGGGUGCAGGACCUUUGUUUGCACUGCCGACCAGAAUACCAAAAGCAUUGUCCGCCUUCGAAGCUAUGCCUUAUCCGACGAGUCGAAUAUCCCAGCUAGCAUAUGUCAAGCGGCGCUCGCGACGUCUGCUGCUACCACAUUCUUCGAACCUGUUCGUAUUGGAAAUCGAAUAUUCGCAGAUGGCGGACUCGGCGCAAAUAACCCGGUCGACGAAGUAGAGGGCGAAGCGGCAAACAUCUGGUGCUCGGAGUCUGGAGAUCUGAAGCCUCUAGUCAAGUGUUUCCUUUCAAUCGGGACUGGAAACCCUGGGAUCAAGGCAUUUGAGGAGAGUAUCUUUAAGUUUCUAGGUCAGACUGUGGUUGGCAUUGCAACUGAGACAGAAGAGACCGAGAAGCGGUUCAUAGCCAAGUGGAGAAAGCAUUUUGACGAAAAUCGGUACUUUCGUUUCAACGUCGAUCAGGGUCUACAAAGCAUUGGGCUCGACGAGUACAAGCAGCAAGGCGCGAUGGAGUCGGCAACAGAGAGGUAUCUGGUUAACCAAGCUCAGAAGAAUCGAGUGCGAGACUGUAUCAAGAACUUGGAAUUAAAACAGAACAAAACCGAAAAGUCUUUUGCUGCUCUUCGGCGUGAAUUUGAAAUCUCGAGGAUUCGGCAACAAAUUUUCGCAUGUAAUGUCCAAUGGUUUGUGCCUUUCGAGAAGAAUGGUUGCUUCACUGGCCGGGAGUCGGAACUGAUCCAAAUAGAGGAGCUGCUAUUUACAAAGGGUGGACCGACAAAGAUUGCUGUCUUUGGACUUGGAGGUGUUGGGAAGACGAGUCUGACGAUCGAGCUCGUCUAUCGUAUCAGGUUAAGCUACAAGGAUUGCUCAAUCUUUUGGAUUCCUGCAACGAACUUUGAGAGUCUCCAACAAGCGUAUCUCAAUAUCUGCCAACAGCUUCAACUUCUUGGACGGGACAAAAAAAAUGAAGAUCCGAAAAGGCUUUUACAGAGCUAUCUAAGCCAAGCUAGCGCGGGUCAGUGGCUUUUGGUGUUUGAUAAUGCUGAUGAUAUCAGUAUGUGGACUGGGAGCCAAGGAUCUGACCAGGUAUCGUGCCAACUCAUGGACUGUCUUCCGAUAAGCCAAGACGGGCGUAUUAUCUUUACAAGCCGUGACAGGAAGACAGCCUACGACCUUGUGCAGCGAGGACAUAUAGUCGAAGUGCCAGAGUUAAGUGAGGACGUGGCAAUAGAUUUGCUGCAAAAGUGCGUACCUAGACAUGACCUUGGUAAACACGAGGACGAUGCAAAGUCCUUGCUCAAACAGCUCACCUAUCUUCCUCUCGCUAUUGUUCAAGCAGCAUCAUAUAUCAACAAGAACGACAUAUCACUUUCUGAGUAUUUGUUACUGCUCGCAGAUCAGGAAGAAGAGGUGAUUGAUCUUCUUAGCGAGCGCUUUGAGGAUGACAGCAGAUAUCGCGAUAACGACAGAUAUGUCAAGGUGAAGAACCCAGUUGCUACGACAUGGCUCAUCUCCUUUGAGCAGAUUCGGCUUCGCGAUCCGUUGGCAGCCGAUUACUUGUCGUUUAUGGCUUGUGUAGACUCGAAGGACGUACCGCAGUCACUGCUUCCUCCAGGUCCAUCGCGAAAAGGGGAAGUAGACGCAUUUGGGACUUUACACGCUUACUCGUUUGUCCAGAAACGAGCAGAAGGCUUAGCUCCUGAAGACUCAGCUCUUGAUGCCCAUCGUUUGGUGCAUCUAGCAACACGGAACUGGCUCCGGAAAGAAGAAUUGCUUGUUCAAUGGACUGAAAAAGUAGUAGGGCGAUUAGCGGACGUAAUCCCGGAUAAUAAGAACCAGAAUAGAAGCAUCUGGAGAAGAUAUCUAAUCCAUGCUAGUUACGCUCUAGACUCUCGACUGAUUGACCAGGAUGGAAAAAGAAGGAUCGAUUUGGCGUGGAAGGUCGGAAAUUGUCUUAAUAGCGAUGGACGGUGGAAGGAGGCCGAGACUUUACUUGUGCAAGUAAUGAAAUUUCGAAAGACGACCCUCGGCGAAAAGCACCCUGAUACCCUCACGAGCAUGAACAACCUCGCCCUUCUCUUUCGUCGCCAGGGCAAGUACGAGGCGGCCGAGCCGCUCUACAAAGAGACACUACGGCUAUCAAAGAAAGUCCUCGGCAAAAAGCACCCUGAUACCCUCACGAGCAUGAACAACCUCGCCCUUCUCUUUUAUAGGGGCAAGUACGAGGCGGCCGAGCCGCUCUAUAAAGAGACGCUACGGCUAUCAAAGAAAGUCCUCGGCGAAGAGCACCCUGAUACUCUUGUGAGUAUGAACAACCUCGCCAGUCUCUUUUGUAGCCAGGGCAAGUACGAGGCGGCCGAGCCGCUCUGCAAAGAGACGCUGCAGCUGAGAAUAAAAGUUCUCGGUGAAGAGCACCCUGACACUCUCGCGAGCAUGAACAACCUCGCCAGUCUCUUUCGUCGCCAGGGCAAGUACGAGGCGGCCGAGCCGCUCUGCAAAGAGACGCUACGGCUAUCAAAGAAAGUCCUCGGCGAAGAGCACCCUGAUACUCUCGCGAGCAUGAACAACCUCGCCCUUCUCUUUUAUAGCCAGGGCAGGUACGAGGCGGCCGAGCCGCUCUAUAAAGAGACGCUGCAGCUGAGAAUAAAAGUUCUCGGCAAAGAGCACCCUGACACUCUCGCGAGCAUGAACAACCUCGCCAGUCUCUUUUGUAGCCAGGGCAAGUACGAGGCAGCCGAGCUCAAUUACCCUCGUCAAGAUAAUUCAGCUCUAUAA